UAAUUCUGAAAUCUGAGAAAAUGAAGUUCUUCGUAUCUAUUGUGUUUCUGAUUUUGGUUUUUAAACCAGUAACUAUUAAGGGUGACCGAAUUGUAGGUGGAGGUAGUGCGAAAAACCCGUAUCCUUAUCAGAUAUCUCUGCAAUUAUUUAGCAGGGGAAGGUAUCAUCAUAUUUGUGGUGGUUCAAUUAUAAACAAACGAUAUGUUGUUACGGCUGCUCAUUGUGUUGAAAGGUUCCAGGCUAGUAGGCUUCAAGUUUUAGCUGGAACAUCUACCCUUUCGAGCGGUGGUGAAACACACAAAGUUCAAAAAUUUUUAAUGCAUCCUGAUUACCAACAGCUCUAUACAAGUGACAUUGCUCUGAUGAAGAUAGACCCACCAUUUGAUUUUUCGAAUCCCAAUCUUGCUACCGUUUCUUACAGCGAUGAGUACAUCGAAGGAGGAGAAGAGUCCAUUUUAACUGGUUGGGGAAAUAUUUUCCCAAUAAGACCAGGGCAUAUUCCUAAUGAUUUGAAAGAAGUUCAUCUGAUGACCCUAAGUCAUAGUAGUUGCAGUAAUUUCCACAAUCUUUCUUCAACGGAAAUCUGCACAACAAGAGUUUUUGGUGGAGCUUGCGGAGGCGAUUCAGGUGGACCUUUAGUUAGAAAGAGGGAUAAGGCUCUUAUUGGAGUUGUUUCCUACGGUUUAGUUGUUUGCGGAACAGGGUAUCCUGAUGUUUUUACCCGUGUGUCAUCAUUUAACAACUGGAUCAAUGAGAACACUGCAGAUACUGAUGAAUGAUAAUCAUUAUUAAGAAAUAAAAUAAUGAAAGAGAAAUUUAACAA